CUUUGAAAAACCGUUAACUUCAGCUUGCCAGUUGAGACUUGAGGAUUGUCAACGGAUCAGGACUUGAGUGGAACCGGCUUAAAAACUACGAAAACAGUUAUGAAUCAAAGGGUGAGAAAAAAUUUAAGAGCCGCAAGAGCUGUUAAAGAACCAAUCCAGGUGUUUUGCCGAGUACGACCUUUGGCAUGCCCUGAACUGAGUAUUUUAAAAAUAAUCCCUCCUAACUACAUUCAAUUGACACCUCCUUCGUCUGCAAAUCUACGUAAUGGAGUAUGCCGUGGUCUGCAGUUCAGUUUUAAGGAAGUGUUCAACGAGUCAGUUGGCCAAAAGAGAGUCUUCGAUACUGUAGCCUUGCCGUCGGUUGAAAACGUCCUUUGCGGAAGGAAUGCCCUAAUCUUUACAUAUGGGGUGACAAGCAGCGGAAAGACAUAUACGAUGUCAGGCUCUCCACAAAACGGUGGAAUAAUGCCGAGGUCUCUCGAUGUCAUUUUUAACAGCAUAAGGAAGUACCAGGCGAAAAAAUUUAUCUUCAAGCCGGACAAACUAAACGGUUUUGAUAUCCAAAGUGAAUCCGAUGCGAAAAUUGACAGGGAUCAGGAUUUAUUGCUAAAAUUGUCAUCUGCUAAUAAAAAAGUAAAGGAUGAUAAAAGAGAAUUUGAAGCAGACAUCAUAUCAAGAAUCCGAGAGGAUACAAAAAUAAUGACACUAGAUGAAGACAAUUGUUAUAGUGUAUUUAUAACGUAUGUUGAAAUUUACAACAAUUCUGUUUACGAUCUACUAGAAGAUCUUGAUGAAAAUAUACGUCCUCAAUCAUUACAGCAAAAGAUAGUGCGGGAAGAUUCAAACCACAAUAUGUUUGUUCAUGGUGUAAAUGAAAUCGAGGUGUCAACAGCGGAUGAGGCGUUUGAACUUUAUUACAAGGGUCAGAAGAGGAGGAGGAUGGCCCAAACAAUGCUCAACUCUGAGUCCAGUAGGAGCCAUUCCGCCUUCACUAUCCGGAUCGUCCAAGCGCCUCUUGAAGAAGAUGGCAAAGAGUUAUGCAGUGAUAAAUCGUCAAUGAUUGUCAGCCAGCUGUCAUUAGUGGACCUCGCUGGAAGUGAAAGGACAAAUCGGACCAAAAAUACAGGCCAACGUCUCCGUGAAGCAGGUAAUAUAAACAACUCUCUGCUGACUCUUCGGACUUGUCUGGAAUUAUUGAGAGAGAACCAGAAUGGUGCGAACAAAAUGAUUCCGUACCGAGACUCAAAGUUGACCCACCUGUUUAAGACGUUUUUGGAUGGGGAUGGUCAAGUUACUAUGGUCAUUUGCAUCAGCCCACGCGUUGAUGAGUUUGAUGAACUAAUGCAUGUGAUGAAAUUCGCUGAAACAAGCCAGGAGGUACAAGUUGCAGUUUCCACCCCGAUAAAAACCGCAUGCUUCACCCCUGGUCGCAGGAAGGCUUAUCACGCAUAUCAGCAGAUUAUGAAAGAGUCAGAAAACAAAGAAAAUGAAGGUGGCGAUAAAAAAGAUUCCGAUGACAAAUAUUUCUCCUCGCAUUGGUUUAGCAAUCUUCCAGAUGUGCGUUUUAUCGACAUAUGUGACGACAACAUUCUGCCGAAUCUGAUCAAAAAUCUUGAAGAGGGGUUGGAUUAUAUGUCUAAAGUGAAAUCAUCUAUUAAAGAAAAUUGUUCAGAGGGCAGGAAAAAAAUCCUGGUCGUCCAAAGGGAGGCCAUUAUGACAUCGCAAGAGCUUAACACUCUCAAGAAUCUUUUCGAUUCUGAAAAGGAAAAGGUGAUCAACUUGGAGAACAAAGCAGUAAAUAGUGACACGCAGUUGUUGAAAAUGAAAAGGAAAUUAGAUGAUUAUGAAGUUAAUGUCAAGCGGCUUAAGAGAGAGCUCUCAGAAAAGGACUUGCUCAUAAAUAAAAAAAAGAUGGAAACUGAAAAAACCAAACAGGACUUUGCUCAAAAAAUAGCCCAGACGCAAGAAAGGUUGAAUCUAGACCUGGAGCGUAAAUUGAGAAGCCAAAGGUCUGCCUUGCAGUAUGAAAUGAGGAAUAAAGAGAAAAAGCUGAAAGCUGUCAAGAAAAUCCUUGCGAGUGAUGAUGUUUCGAAUUUUGAUCAAUUCGCUAAGCCAAGACUCCCCGAGAGCAGAUCAGCCGAAUCGCUCGUUCCAAAAACUCCUCAAACUCCUGUCCAUUCCGCUCGCACUGCUGCAAAUAACGCAACGCCAAGUAGCACCACGCCUUCCUCAAGGGAUUUUCGAAAGAUGGGUGUACCUGUGGCGAACAGAAGACAUCGAAGGUCGCGAUCUGCUGGCGACGAUUUUUGGCUUGACCACCGCCCAGGUGCUCAAAUCCCUCUGGGUACGAUUAUGCAGCCAACAAUGGCGAGGAGAAAAUCAAUAACAAAACUAACAGACGCCAAAGAUGUGACUGAAGUCGCAAGCAAAUACUGUCUAUUGACGCAUGGUCAAGACAGCGACGGUGAUAUCGAAACUAGAUUGUACAAGGGCGAUGUGAUACCGACAUCUGGGGGUGGUGCCCAAGUCAUGUUCAAUGAUAUCGAAGUCCUUCGCCAGGUUUCGCCUACUAACUCUUCCCCGUCAAAAAGGCCUGGUGAGAACUGCCAAGAAAAUUGCUUCUCGGCAGUCAAUUCCAGACGUCGUCAUCAUUAACUCUACCUUAGCUUAUAAUUUUAUCAUUUGAAUAUCAAUAAUAAUAUUUUUAUAUUAUAUGAUUAAUUUGUUAAUACUUCUGCAUGUGCGUUCAAUUUUGUUAAUAUUAAUCAUAACUUAUAUAAUUAAUUGUGAUAUGUAUAUUACAAAACCAAAAUUAUGUCAAUAUUCAGCAAUUUUAUUUUUAUUUAUUAUUAUUUUGUUUUGUUAAAUGCUCGAAUGUUCACACGAGGGAUGUUAACCUAUUAAUUAGAAUUAGGGAUAAAACUAAUUUUACCUACUUUAAAGCAAUAAUUUUAACAUCUCUGUAUAAAUUAUUAAUAAAUUAAAAUAUCCCUGUA